UCGGGAUCGUCAGUAUGAUGAUAGACGUGUGGGUGGAUCUAAUCGAGGAGAUCGAGACUGAGAAGGAAGACGGGAGCGAUAUGACAGGGGACGAAGUCAAAAGCGGAACCUGACGCAUCGGAAACCGCCACGCAGAUUUGUGCCAGUGGGCUAUGAGUGCGGGGAACUCGGUCAUUACAAAACCAAUGCCCUCACCUAGUGGGAGAAAGCAGUUCAGGGUAUGGAGGGCCACGUGGGCGCUCGCUAUCCCCGAGACAUUUCAUAAGAACUACAGGGAGGAGAUCGACGUCCGAAGAACCCGCGUUGAACAAACAAUUGUAUGAGCUGAAGAGUACACUGGCCGAGAUGAAAGCAUAUAUCGAUAUAGAGCAGGCACGAAAGGAGGAAGUGGAGAACGAGAGGAAGGCGAAAGAGCUUCAUAAGCAAGAGAGGAAAGAUCGCGAGAAGAAGGAGGCGGAGGAACGAUUGGAGCAGGAAAAGCGGGCGAAGAAGAAAGAGGACAAGAAACGUAGAGAACAAGAAGCGCGUGAAGCAAUGCGCAAGGACUUGCGCAUGGAAAUUAAGACGUAUAUGGGUGGAGUGGCUGAAGUGGUACAUGAUAGGUUACUACACGCAAUGAAAGCAGACUUGAAAGGGAAGGCCAAGCUUGAAGUCCUAUCUCCAGAAGUAUCGGCGGAGGAAUCGGUGGACAGCGAUGUGGAAGCACUAAGCGAGCUGACAGGCAAUCUGAGCAUCCACGAUAAGCGCAAGCAAAGUGCUGAGAAGGAAAUAGCGGACAGCCCGCCGAUGGUAACGCCAGCGAAACGUCAAGCCAAGCAAGGGAACUUGAACCCGAAGCGCCUCGUAUUGAGUUGUCGCCAUCCAUCUAUGAAGAGAUCACCCAAGAGGACCACACCAGUUCAAGGGACACAAAGGAGAAAGAAGAUACCCGCUACCACGGGAGCACUCAGUAAACUCAAGUACGUCACGGACAAACUAAGGGAGUUGGGCGGGCGUACGGUUGACGAGCUCAAACAAAUCUGUCGUGACGAGGAUGUUCCCUUCUUGGGAGGGAAGAAGAUGGACGCUAUCAUGGCAAUAGCGGAGAAGCGGACGAAGAUCGCGUAUGGCACCGAUAAUGACGAGGAGGACGAGGAAGUCGUGCAAUUGCAAGAAGCUACAGAUCCGAAGGAGGAACGACCUGAUAGCGCAGCGGAAGAAGAAAUAUGAAACAGUAGUGACUACUGGAGGUUGUGCAAAACACUG